UUUAAAAGAAAGUCAUUGAGCCAUGCGAGUGAAUUAAUUUGUUUUAGACAACAUGCGGCCGGGUUGCAGCCUUUUACAAGCAGGAACGUUAUUUCUUUCCUAUGCCAAAGACUGACUGCAUUUGCCCUCCUGUUUUUACUUCUGCUGUGGGGGAAAUUUAAGCAAGAACAUGUAUAGUGAAUUGCUCAAUUCAACCAGUGCCACUGAAGCUCACCUAAUGAUUCAGACCAACACGCCCUACCUGAGCAGCACCCCGAGACCCGUGAGCUCCUCCGCUCUCUACAUGUCGACAGCCAGGGUGUUAAAAGAAGGGGAAAUAAAUAAGCCAGACCUGGUGACUUACAUCAUUCUGUUUUUCUUUCUGUUCUUGACUGUGACAUUCAUUGUGUUCUUCAUAAACUGCCAGCUGAAAAACUCUUUUUUUGCUACUCUUCCUUACGACAGAUCGCUCAGGGAGGCGAGGAACCCGUGGAGGACACAAGCUGUCUGACACUUCUCAUUCCAGCAGGAGCAGGCACCACAAACCCCGUGCAAUAAGGAGUUAGUGCCAUGUGCCAGUGCAUGGAUGUGACCCCCUUUAGAGUCAUGGGCAGGAGGAGAUUGCUGAAAAUUAUGCUGUAUGCCAACUUGAGUAGCUGUAAAUAAAAAGCUCUGUUCUGAACUGAAGAGAAUGCUUUAGCACAUUUAUACAGUUUCUGCAAAAAAUUGCCCCAUGAUUCCAGAUUAAGCUCUGUGUGUAUGCAAAUGUCAUCAUCCACUCAUUGAGUGUCCAGGAUAAUUGUAUUAACAACAAUCUCUGAUUCAGGCAUCUGGUGGAGCUUGUUCCCCCAUGCUUAUAAAACCAAGCAUCAAAUGUAAAAAA